AUGUCAGUGAAUGAUGAUAAUGUGCCAGCUGGCAGUGACAGCUUCUGGGAGAUUGGCAAAUAUAUGCGCACAGUGAAGAGGUGCGACAAUGGAUAUCAGCUGUGCAGUCACUUGAAGAAGCUACUUGAAGAAAGGAGUGAAAUCGAGAAGAAAUAUGCUGCCACUUUACAGGAGUGGAGUAAAAAAUGGAAUGCUUUUCUAGAUAAAGAUAUAGAAUAUGGUACUACAAAAGCUGCAUGGCGAGGUGUGCUCACUGAGGCAGAAGAAGUAGCAAAUUUGCACAUAAGGAUAGCAGAGAAACUCAUGUCAGAAGUGUAUGCAAGCAUCAAAGUUUGGCAGAAAGACAACUACCAUAAGUCUAUGAUGCACUUCAAAGAAACAAAAGAGUUUGAAGAAAAUUUUCGAAAGGCGCAAAAGCCAUGGGCUAAACGACUAACCAAACUCCUGGCAGCCAAGAAAGAUUAUCAUGCAGCAUGUAGAGCUGAGAAGAGCACCACCAUUCAAGAGAAUAAUGCUAGAGGAGAUACAACUGUGUCUCCAGAUCAGCUGAAGAAACUUCAAGAAAAACUUCGCAAGUGUCAACAAGAAGUAGAGAGCACAAAAGAGAAGUAUACUGCAGCUCUGAAUGAUAUUAACAGUUACAACUCCAAGUACAUUGAGGAUAUGACCGAGGUUUACAAGAAAUGUCAAGAGUUUGAGCAGAAACGAAUAGAGUUCUUCAAAAAGACAUUUUUUCAGAUACAUCAGUGUUUAGAUCUGAGCGUGGAUGCAAAGUUUAAUCAAAUCUACGCAAGUUUAAACAACACAAUUGCUAAUGUGGAUUACAACAAAGAUCUCAAGUGGUGGUCAACCAUCCAUGGGGUCGACAUGGCCAUGGGAUGGCCAGAGUUUGAGGAAUACUCACCAGAACUGCAGGCAAUCUCAAAACGGAGCAAAUCCAAUCUCAACGCGGCUGAUGGGGGAGUUGUAAUUACAGGUAUCAAACAUUCCAGGGAUGACAGUUUUAGUAGCGGCACUAAUGAACCUAGCACAGCACUGAAUCGGCAGUCACAGGCCAGCAAUAUGCAGACGUCAACUAUCUCAUACGGAGCAGCAUCCACUGGUGGACCUGACAGAAACAGAUCUGAGUCUCCUGUAAACACAGGAGAGAAUCCAUUUGGUGAAGCAGACGAGGAUGAACAUGACGAAGAUGCAGAAGAAGAUGCCCCAAGUCAGGGCUGGAGUGUGAGGGCUCUCUAUGACUAUGUUAAAGCAGAGGACGAUGAACUGGAGUUUAAAGCUGGUGAUAUUUUCAUUCAGAUUGCUGAAGAAGAUGAAAUGGGAUGGUGCAAGGGCAGAAAGGAAGGCAGAAUUGGAUUCUACCCCAAGAACUAUGUGGAGAGAAUAUGA